GUGGGUGCGGGUGGUCCCGCCCGCCGCCCCACCCCUGCCCGUUUCCUGGACCUCGAGGCCGGAAGGGGCCGGAGGGCAGUGGAUGCGGAUGCGCAUGGAGCGGGUGGUAGUGAGUAUGCAGGACCCCGACCAGGGCGUGAAGAUGCAGAGCCAGCGCCUGCUUAUCACCGUCAUUCCCCACGCAGUGACUGGUGAGGCCCCGCCGGGGGAGGUGAGGGGGUGCCGCCUUGCCUCGGCCUCCCCACACCCCAGUCUCUGCUCUGCAGGCAACGACGUCGUGGAGUGGUUGAUCCAAAAGUACUGCAUCGCAGAGGAUGAGGCCCUGCACCUGGGCACACUCCUGGUGCAGCAUGGCUACCUAUACCCACUGCGAGACCCCCGUCGCCUCCUGCUCCAGCCGGAUGAAACACCCUAUAGGUUCCAGACGCCCUAUUUCUGGAUGAGCACCCUGUGGCCAGCCGCUGAGCUAGACUAUGCCAUCUACCUGGCCAAGAAGAACAUCCGAAAGCAGGGGGCCCUGGUUGACCAUGAAAAGGUGGGAUACCACCACCCCUCCCCUGCCACCCCGGCUGAGUCCAGCCAGAGGAACCCAAGCCCCACUAGUGGAGCACACAGCCCAGGCUCCAAGCUGAUUCAGAUGCACAAGCACACACACCCUAUAGAGGGGGUCUCAGAGGGGAGGUGGGGGGUACACCCCCCAGAGCUGGGUGUAGGCAAGAGUUUCCCACUGGAGACCUUCAACCACCCUCAGGCCCACUAUGACCAGUUGCACAGGAAGAUCAACCACACAUGGGACCUGGUGGUGAUGCAGGCGAGAGAGCAGCUGCGGGCAGCUAAGCAGCGCAGGAAGGGGGACAGGCUGGUCAUCGCAUGCCAGGAGCAGACGUACUGGCUGGUGAACAGGCCCCCGCCAGGGGUCCCCAGUGUGCUGGAGCAAGGUCCAGAGAGGGGUUCCUGCACUGCCAGACAGGUGCAGAUGACCAAGACGGUGGAUUUCUAUAAGCGGGAGAUUGAGUGCUGUCGGAAGGCACUGGGCAGGACCCGGGUGAAGUCCUCUGUCUGCCUCGAGGCGUACCUGAAGUUCAGCAGCCAGCGUGGGCCACACGACCCCCUCCUGUCAGGGUGCCUGCCCAGCAACCCCUGGGUCACCGACGAUGACACCUACUGGGCCAUGAAUGCACCCAGACAGAGUUCAGUGGUGAGAAGCCCCCCUCCCCUGCUCCUGGCCCCCCAUCAAAGAGGCUGCUGCCUGGGCACCCCUCCUGAGUUUCCACCAGCCCUGGGUGUGCCUGAUCUGAUGCCCGGACCCCUAGCCGAGAACCUCAGCUUCUGGGAGGCCUGUGAGGAGCUGCGCCAUGGAGGGCAGGCCCAGGUCCCCGCCCUGGUAGAUGCCGUGUACCAGCAGUUCCUGGCCCCUGGCGCUGCCCGCUGGGUCAACAUUGACAGCCGGACGAUGGAGCGAACCCUGGAGGGUCUGGGUCGGCCCCACCGCCACGUGCUGGACGACGCCCAGCUGCACAUCUAUAUGCUGAUGAAGAAGGACUCGUACCCGAGGUUCCUGAAGUCGGACCUGUACAAAGACCUGCUGGCGGAGGCUGUGGUCCCCCUGGAGACGAAGCGCCGGGUGUUCCCAUUCAUGUGGAAGCCGCGGCAUUCCAGCCCCAGCCUUGCUCUCCUUCCCACCUCCACCUCUGGGGAGCCUGAGGCUGCUGCCGGUAGCCCUGGGGGUGGUGAUGGGGAGACCUAGGUGGGCCUGAGUGGGAGGAGGUGGCCAUCAUGCCCUUGUCACCCUCCUCUUGCCCAGGGUCCUGACAGCUGCUGAGACCCGCAGCACAGGGUCCCCUCUUGCCCAGAGGGCCCAGCCUUGUGGGGAGGAAGUGGGGGAGGAUGCCAUCUCCAGGGAUCCUCGUUUUCCCUUGUCAUGCCCUCCUUCCAGAAGGGUCUGGUCUAUGGGCUGAUCCCCACAAGGCAGGGGGGCCCUGGACUGAGUUGGCAGAGGCCUGGCAUUCCUUGCUGGCACCCAGCCCCACCUUUGGAACUGACACUCAGAGUAAGAGGCACAGUCUGGUGGUCACCAGCAGGGGGCAUGAAAGUGCAGGGGGUUGUGCCACUCCCACCAGGCCGCACCAGCCUUCCUCUUCUGUGGUCUCCCAGAGGCCACAGCUUUGCCACCCUGUUGGACAGAAAUGGUUCCAGCCCUGUCACCCCUCCAACAACCGGUCCUGGUUCACAGUAGGGGCAGUAGAGCCUUUUGGGGAAAGAUGCCAGUGGUCCUUGCUCAGAAGGCCCCCUCCCCGAGACUCUGGGUGAUAGGUGAAAGCUCCUUUGGGGGUGCAGCCAGACACCCCUCCCUCAGGGCUGGUCACACCCUCCCGCUCCUGGCACAGAAAUAAAAGACCCUCGGAUUCUCA